AUGUAUAAGUAGCAUUAAUAGCAAUACUAUAAUCAGUUUAACUACAAUAACGUUAGUGGUAGUAAUGUAACCCAUCAAACACUUUCGAACAAUUAAGCCCCUGCAAGUAAUUAAAUGGCUAGUAACUUUCUUACUAACAGUGGGUAAUUCAACAAUAAUAGCUAGACUACAAGUAGCAGCUCAGUCCCUAUGACAUAUUCGAGCAAUUAUUUGAAAAAAAAAAAUUAGAUUGAUACAUCGCCCCAUACACCCAAAUAUUCUCCUCGAAAAUGCAUGAACAACAUAAACACUAAUUGUAAUAAUAACAGCAGUUUUGUGGCUUAAGGCUAAAAUACUUCAAAUCAAACUCAUUUUUAGAUUCCUUAAAAUUAAAACAUUAAUUACACUUCUACAACACCGCGCUCAUCUGAAAAGUAUAAUGCAAAUGGAGUUAAUUCCAAUUUCAGUGGAUAUGUUAGCAAUUACAAUGCUAAUUGUUAUAAAAAUGGCAAUUUAUCUCCUUAUAAUACUAGCAGUAAGUAGUACACUCAGUUAAUUAACGAAUAAGAUUCUUAAACUCCUUAGAACAAUAGUAGCAAUAUUUCUAUAGCCAAUAGCUCUAAUUAGCUGUAUAAUUCUAGAAAUGCUACUUCUGUCCAUGGAAACAGAGCCAGUGGAAGUUAAAAGAAGAGUAUGAAUCAGUUUGAGUUUAUAGAUGUCGAGAAUAUUCCUUAGACUCAAACUAUGGAUUUGAUAGAUAAAUUCCUGAAAAAUUCAUCUGCAUUAUAAAGCAAUAACAUUGCUGCUGAAAAUAGUACUCCUAGUGAAAGAAAAAAAUAUAAAAACGAUCUUUCUCCCUUCAAAUACUCAACAAAUAAGGUUUUGAACACAAAUCAAUCUAAUACUAGUGCUCAAUAAGGAGGAAAUUUAUCUAUUAUAUAGUAAUAACUAGAGAUUUUUAAGUAAACCUCAUUUACACCUUCUCGUAAAAGCUAAUAAAAUCCUUCAUAAACUAAGAGUAGCAACUCUAAUAACUAAUCUCUUAGCAAGAACUCAUAAAAUAUAGGAUCUUAAUCAUAAGCACAGUCAUAUGGAUAAUCUUAACACCAUAAUUCCUAAGGAAAAUACCAACCAUCAAUAACUUCAUCUACUUCUUCUAAUUCAAAAGUUUUCCACCAAACUAAUACUCCUUAGCAGUUUAGAGAACCUCUAAAAAAUGUAAACAACAUCAACCUCUAAUAAUAUGGAUAGUUGUAACUAAGAGAAGAUAAAGUUCCAUUACAAAAUCUUAGCAGCAAUAACUUGAGCUAUACAAAUUAACGCAAUUAUACUCCCACUAAUUCUUCCUCAGCUGCAAAAAAAUUAUAAACAUAGACUCCUUAGUAGUAAUAUUUGCAUUACUAAUACUCUAACACUCCAUAAAAUAAUAAAAACAAUUAAAGCAUGGUAAAGAGUGUUAAAAAUUCUUCUAACUUAAAUCAAAACAUAAUUAGUAAUAACACCCCAAUGACUGCAAGUAAAAAUCUCCUUUUUGGCAGUACAAACAAUAGUGGAAAUUACUAAAUUUAAUCAUCGGCUUAAGAAAAUGCUUUUGCAAAUGUAAUUAGCAGCACAAAAAAUGAUUUAUCAUAGUAAGGACCCGUUGAAUAGCAAUUUCCUCUUAAUAUCCAAAGCUAAUCCAGCAACAAAUUUAAGCAAACACAAAAAGUAGGGUGCGAAAACAUUUAAUUGAAUACAAAUGCUAGCAAUUAUUCAGGUGAAUUUGGAUUUACACCAAUUAAUAAUCAAAAAUCCACCAGUAAAGUCAGUACUUUUAAUUUAGAUGUUUCAAGAGACCUUUCAAUGAUGAUAAACAACAAUUUCAAUGGACACAAUGCCAGCAAUAACUAAAUCCACAACACAAGCAAUAACCUCUUCAAUCUAAACUUUUUAGAUAAAGAUUCUUCUAAUAUAUUUAAUUUCCAUAAUGAUAAGGAUUAGAGCUAAUUCUCUUAUAACUAUAUUGAAAAAGACUACUCUACCAUCAACAAUAACGUUUCUAAGGAGCUAUCCACAUUUUAAACACCUCUAAAAGGAGGAAAAUAACAAUUAAGCUACAUGCUUGAAACUUGCACUAAUUUAGAUAAUAUCACAACAAAUAACUUAACCAUUUGCAGCACCACAAAUAAUAAUGCAAACAACAAUAACAAUACUACAUAUACUAGUAAUUACAAUAAUUAUAACACUUAAAAGACAAACACAAAGCUGAAUAAUAAUUCUUACAUCCUUGAAAAAUCACCUAACACAACUGAUUAGAAAAAUCCAGCAUUAAAUUAAUAAUAAUAAUACAAAAAGAAUAGUUUGAUUUUAUAUGACUCUCCUAGAUUUAACAAUGAAGAAAAUAGAGAUAAGAGCAAAGAUAUUUACGAAAAUGAUAAAGCUAUUAAAGAAGAGUAAUUUUAGCAACCUGCCAAUGUAUCUACUUAAAAUAAUAAUAAUAACUCUUCUAAUAAAAACAAUUUCUAGUAAAUGAUAAGCGAUUUAAAGAAUUAAUACAACUAAAAACAAAGCCAACUUUAACAAAUUAAAUAAAAUCUUGAUUUCUCAGCCAAUAAAAAAUCAUCUAAUGAAGAAGGGUACUAAUUUUAAACUUAAUAAAAAGUUAUUUAAGAAGAGGAUUUAGUCUCUAAAAUUUGUGCUUAAAAGAAUAAUAGCAUAAAUAAUAUUCCCUCAAACAACUAAGCAUCUCCUUUAACACCUGCUUCUAACUAUAAUAAUAUUUAUAAUGACACAUCUAACAAGAAAAACUAAUCUAGUUCUUCCUACACUUCUAUUAAGAAAAAGAAUUUCUACGAAGAAGCUCUCCAGUAAGCUGAUUAAAGUGUGAAGAACGUUUUCAAAAAGUUCGAUAAUCUUUUAAAAAAUAAAUUUGAAACAAUGUAAAACAGUAGAAAAAACAUUACUAAUUCAAAUGAUGAUAAGGGUAUUUAAAUGCUUUCUAAUAAUUAACAAUAAAAUUAAGGAGUAAAAUAAGCAGAUCAGACAAUUUCAACUGCAGCAGUCUCUGGAGCAAAUCCUUCUUUAAGAAAUAAUUCUAAUACAGGCACUUCCAGAUCAUCAAACAAUGUAAUAAAUUAAGUUGAUUAAAGUAACAUUAGCAACAAUAUAGCUAAUAGCUAUUCUUACAACACAAAAAAUUACUCUAUUCCUAAUCCCUCAAGCUAAAGCAACAAUAAUAACUUAACUUAAAAUAAUACAACUAACUAUAUACCUUCUUCUGCUUAUUCUAAUGCUACAACUGCUUAGAAAGACAAAGAAAGAGAGCGCACUCCUCCACACAAUCCUGUCUAAAAUGCUGAAAAAGUACAAAUUAAACCUGUUUAGCCCUCUUAAUAAAAAGCUAUUCCUUCAUAGGCUCCAGCUUCAUCUUCAUCUAAUGAUAAAAAAGACCCCUAUCCUAUCCAAUAUCAUAAAUCACUUGAAAAAUUCAUUUUUGGAAAAGUUUUAGGUCUUGGAUCUUAUGCAGUAGUUAGAGUUGUUCAAGAUUAAAACACAAAAGAAAAAUAUGCCCUUAAAACCUAUGAGAAAAAGAAACUUUAAGACCCUUAGAAAAGAAAGAAUGUUGCACGUGAAGUUAAGAUUUUAUCCAAAAUAAAACAUCUUAAUAUAAUUAGACUUUAUGAUGUUAUUGAAACUAACUCAUAACUUCAUUUGUUAAUGGAAUACCCUUGUUCUACUCCCUUAAAUGCCCAUAUAAAAUCAAAGCCUCACCGUAAAUUAUGUGAAGAGGAAGCAAAAGUAAUAUUUAGUCAACUCGUAGAAGCUGUGAAAUAUUGUCAUCGCAAAUCAAUUGUUCAUAGAGAUAUCAAAUUAGAAAAUGUUCUUUAUGAUUCUAACACAUAGACUGUUAAAUUGAUUGAUUUUGGAUUCUCAAUAGCUCUAGCUCCUGGAACUAAACUUAACAUUUUCUGUGGAACUCCUAGCUAUAUGGCACCUGAAAUCGUUAACAAAAAAGACUACACCUUCCCAGUCGAUACAUGGGCUCUUGGCAUACUCUUAUUCAAGGCUCUUAAUGGUAAUUUUCCAUUUAGAGGAUAAGAUGACAAAGAGUUGUAUAGAAGAAUAAAUUCUUGCAAGCUAGACUUCUAACCUCAUGUAUCUUCUCAAGCUAGAAGCUUAAUUAGUAAAAUAUUAAGACAUAAUUCAAAUGAAAGAUACACCCCUGAAUAAAUUCUUCAAGAUGAAUGGUUCAAAGUAAAAACUCCUACUAACUUCGCUAUAACAUCUUCAUAAUAUGCCUAAAAUUGA